AUGUCUGACUCUUUUGGUGAGCACGUUUCUAUUGUUGUGUUUGGCGCCUCCGGCGACCUUGCAAAGAAGAAAACCUUCCCUGCCCUUUUCGGCUUGUACAGAGAGGGCGAAUUGCCAGCAACUGUUCAAAUCAUAGGAUAUGCCAGAUCCAAGUUGUCCACGGAGGAAUUGAGAAGCAGAAUCAAGGAGAACUUGAAAUUGAAGGAUGACCGUGCCAAGGAGAAGGUGGACGGUUUCUUGGAAUUAAUUUCCUACAUCUCCGGUCCCUACGACAAGCCAGAAGGCUAUCAGCAACUCAACAAAGCCAUUGAAGAGUAUGACUCCAAAAACAAGGUUACCGAGUCGCAGAGAUUGUUUUACUUGGCAUUGCCACCAUCAGUUUUCACCGAGGUCGGCUCACACAUCAAGGAGCACUGUUAUCCGGAAAAUGGAAAACUCAGACUCAUUGUCGAGAAGCCAUUUGGCCAUGACUUGGAGUCGGCCAGACAAUUGCAGCGCGACUUGGCUCCAUUGUUCACCGAGGAGGAGUUAUACAGAAUUGACCACUACUUGGGCAAGGAGAUGGUGAAGAACUUGUUGGUGUUACGUUUUGGUAAUGAAUUGUUGUCUGGAGUUUGGAACAACAAGCACAUUUCGUCCGUGCAGAUUUCCUUCAAGGAGGCAUUCGGUACCGAGGGCAGAGGUGGCUACUUUGACCUGAUUGGUAUCGUUCGUGAUGUCAUGCAAAACCACUUGUUGCAGGUGUUGACCCUUUUGACCAUGGAAAGACCAGUUUCAUUUGACCCAGAGGCCGUGAGAGACGAGAAAGUCAAGGUUCUCAAAGCAUUCAGCAAAUUGGACGGUGAUGACAUCUUGUUGGGCCAGUACGGAAAGUCUGAGGACGGCAGCAAGCCUGGAUAUUUGGACGACGAGACUGUUAAAGGUGACUCCAAUUGUGUGACAUACGCAGCUAUUGGAAUGCUGAUCAACAACGAGAGAUGGGACGGUGUGCCCAUCGUUUUGAGAGCUGGUAAGGCCUUGGAUGAAUCCAAGGUGGAGAUCAGAGUGCAGUUUAAGCAGGUUGCUAAGGGUAUCUUCAAGGAGAUUCACAGAAACGAAUUGGUGAUCAGAGUACAGCCAAACGAGAGCGUUUACUUGAAGAUCAACUCUAAGAUCCCAGGUAUCUCCACUGAAACUUCGUUGACGGAGUUAGACUUGACCUACGCCAGCAGAUACUCGAAGGAUUUCUGGAUUCCUGAGGCUUAUGAGGCAUUGAUUAGAGACUGCUACUUGGGAAACCAUGCCAACUUCGUCAGAGACGAUGAGUUGGAUGUUUCAUGGCAGUUGUUCACUCCAUUGUUGGAGUACAUUGAAUCUGCCGAUGCUCCAAAGCCAGAGAUCUAUCCAUAUGGCUCGAAGGGUCCAAAGGGCUUGAGGGCGUUCUUGACGAAGCACGGAUAUGUGUUUGAUGGCGAAGGCUCUUACCAAUGGCCAUUGACCCGUCCAGACGUCAAGGGCAAAAUCUGA